UUUCUCACUGGAUAAUCGACACAGGCAGCAGGUUCUAACGUAUCAGUCAACAUAUAGAUGGCGCCACCAGGAGGCGCUAGAUUCAAAAAGGCCUGUUUACUUUGGAACACACCUUAUAACUACAUAUACUCGUACACCUUUACAGGGUUAAAUUAAGUACGAAACAUCAUCACAAAAUUUUCGUUAUUAAGGCUAAGGCAACGCUCUUUUCGAAUAGUUGUACUCCGUACAGUGAUCGGUUUGGACGUGGUACACACACAUUGUCCUAUUUAAAGCUCUCUUAGUCAAAUUAAGUAAAAAUUGUUGAGUGUAAAAAAUAUAAACUUACAAAAACAAGAUGUCAGCGAUAACAAAAGUGAAUAUAAAUGAUCCUGCGGAAACCUCGAAAAGUGCAACGGAAACUAUUAAUAAUGGUGCUGCAGCUAAAGGUGCAACGAAUGCUGAGGGUCAACUCCCCGAAUGGCUGAAAGCAGAACUAUUUGCAGAUCUGCUGCAGCAAAACGUACCAAAUUUUAAGAGAAUUACAAAUUUCAUAGCCGAAAUCUGGGAAGGCGCUGGCGAAAAUUACGGCAAUGUCUUGGCAUCGGUGAAUUUAGACGCAGAGCUUGAAGAUGGAAAAAUACAAAAUUUCUCAUAUGUGAUCAAACUGCCCAUCGACUCGGUGCAGGAAUUUAUGGCGAAUUAUCAUAACAUAAUUGAUACAGAAAAUGCCAUCUAUAAAGAUGUGAUACCGGAAAUAGAGCAAAUGUAUAGAGAUGCGGGUGUUGACUUGAAAUUCGGAACAAAAUAUUUUGAUCUAAAGACACCAUCCAAAUACGGUGUUGUACUCAUGGAGGAUUUACGUCCCCAUGGUUUCAAAAAUGUUAACCGUCUUGAGGGUUUCGACGUGGAGCACACCAAGGCCGCAUUGAAAAAGUUGGCACAAUGGCACGCCGCAUCAGCGGUGCGUGUUGAAACCAAAGGGCAAUAUCCGAAAGUAGUUACUGAUGGAAUAUUUAACGAGGGCAUGUUAACAAUGAUCGAAUUGAUGGCUGAAUUAACGAUGCCAUUAUAUUUGGAAUGUGUUCGCACAUAUGAGGGCCAUGAAGAGUACUACGAUAGUUUGCAACGAAGCCAUGAGUAUUUUGCCGAAGAACUUCGUCCGCUGCUGGAAAACGAUCCAAAUGAGUUCAAUGUUUUAAAUCAUGGUGACUUUUGGGCGAACAAUGUUAUGUUUCAAUAUGAUGACGCAGGUAAAGUGAAGGAAACAUAUUUCGUUGACUUUCAGUUGACGCGUUAUGGUUCACCGAUGAUUGAUCUAUAUACUUUGCUGUUAACGUCAACGAGCCUGGAUGUGAAACUAAAGUAUUUCGAUUAUUUCAUUAAAUAUUAUCAUGAUAAUUUGAUUGAGUACUUAACAYUACUGAAAUAUCCCAAAAAAUUACCCACCCUUAAGGAAAUCCAUAUAGCCAUGCUCAAAUAUGGCAUUUUCGCGGUGAACUUGGUUGUUAGUCACUUGUCCCUCGUAUUGCUUGAAUCAAAGGGAGGAGCUAAUAUAACCAAUUUAAUGGGCAUGACAGAAGAAGGCAUGGCUCUUAAAAAGGUGAUGUAUACAAAUUCACGUUAUCGGAAACACAUUGAGGUACUUCUUCCUUGGCUUUAUAAUCGAGGUGCUUUCUAGUGACCAUGGUAUUUUGGUCUAAUGAAGAGAGCUAAUUGGAAAACACUUUAUGUAUUUAAAUGUAAAAGACAAAAUAAAAAUAAAU